AUGGACACUUCUCUUCACCCGGCCCUCACGGUCACAAAUAUCAAAACUCAUGUCCCGAUCGUUCUCGAAAAGGACUCAACACACUACUCCAUGUGGUCGGCUCUCUUUCAAGUGCACUGCCGGAUUUAUGAUGUGCACGAUCAUCUUGCUCAACGUCCGUCUGCUGCUAAACCGUCAUCCUCAGACUCGGAAAAAUCGGCUGAUAACUCUAAAGAAGACACCGACUGGUCCCGAAUUGAUGCAAUCGUCCUCCAGUGGAUCUAUGCCACUAUUUCUCAAUCGCUGCUGCACAUCAUUCUCAAACCGGGUCAGUCCGCAUACGAAGCCUGGACGUUGGUAAAGAACGAGUUCUCUGACAACAAGACUACCCGUGCGAUCUUUCUCGGUCAAGAGUUUGCCAAUCUCAGCCUCGAUAACUUCCAGUCGAUGUCGGAAUAUUGUCAGCAUGCCAAACAUCUUGCCGAUCAACUCGACAGUGUAGGUGCUCCCAUCGACGAUCAUACGCUUGUGAUAAAGGUGUUAACCGGUCUUACCGAGCAAUAUGACGGUAUUUCCACUGUCUUGCAGAAUAAAACUCCAUUGCCCUCCUUCAACGAGGUCCGGUCUCGCUUAACCUUUGAAGAAACCAAGAAGAAACGUUAUGUAACUCGGGCUUCUCAAUCGGCAGCCACUGCGUUGUCGGCCACUGUUUCCAACAAUCCAUCCCCUAUCACAGCCGACUACCCUACCUUCUCAUCUGACCGUGGCCGUGGUCGUGGUAGACGCUGCCGUGGUCGGGGGCGUAAUAAUGGCAGCCGUGGACGUUCAUCCUACAAUCAACAUAAUCACCCAUACAUUGUGUUUCCUUCCAAUUGGACAGCAAGUCAGUGGGCUGGUCUUUUGAAUGGCCAAGCCCAAAACUGGAACAACCAACAAGCCCAACCCCCCUGUUCAUAUCCCUCUCGGCCCAACAACAAUUCUUCCCAAGGCAUUUUGGGUCCGCGUCCGGAUCAGGCACAUCACACCGGUUACACUCCCACAGACAUCGAGCAGGCACUUUACACCAUGUCGCUGAAUCCUCCGGAUCACGGGUUGAUGGACAUUGGAGCAACGUCACACUCGGCCAACCAGCAAGGAUCUCAAAACACGGGCUCCUAUCCUACGAUGCAAUAG